GGACGCCUUUACCAAUUACCCUCAAGCAUAUUAAAAGUAGGCUGGAGUUGAGGAGUGGAGUGCGGAGUGACGUGAAACCGGCGAGAACUGGAGGAGAUGGACACGGCCACGCUAACAGGGUAUGAGAAAGAGAGAGAGAAAGAAAAUGGAGGAGAAAGCAGAUCGUUUUCAUCAGAGCAGGAUGACGAAUCUGAAGAAGCAGAAGAUGAUGAAUUCAUGUAUGGGGCGGGAACUUUUACAGAGAGAAAGAUCGAGCACUACUCAUCUCUGCACCGAAUGUUGUUGGUCGGAGAAGGAGAUUUUUCCUUUUCUCUCUCUCUUGCCAGAGCUUUUACCUCUGCUCGCAACAUGGUCGCCACUUCCCUCGACACCCGCCAAGAUAUAAUAAACAAGUACAGUAAUGGGAUAUGGAACGUGAGAGAGUUGGAAGAGUUGGGGUGCGUGGUACUAUGCGGGGUGGACGCAACAAAGAUGAGCGAACACUUCUUCCUCAGAACGCAGAGGUUCGAUCGUAUCGUCUACAACUUCCCCCAUGUUGGUUUCAUCUUCCCGGAGGCUACUGCCUGCCAAAUCAAGCUGAAUAAGGGACUGGUAAAAGGGUUUUUGAAGAACGCCAAGGUGUUGUUAAGGAAGGAUCACAAAGGAGAGAUUCAUGUAACGCACAAGGAUGGUUAUCCAUAUGAGAAGUGGGACUUGGUGAAGAAAGCAGAGAAGCUAGGGCUGGCUUUACUCGAGAGCGUGCCCUUCUGCAAGGACAAGUAUCCUGGUUAUGAUAACAAGAGAGCCCAUGGUAGCCUUUCCGAUGCUCCCUUCCGUUUAGGAGACUGCACUACUUUCAAGUUUAGGCUUGUUUCUUAAUUCGUACCCAUGCCGUGCAGCAUGAUCUCUAUUCUGCUGUGUGAUUGACGUGUGUAAGUCUUCUAGUUACUCGAGUAAGCUGUACACCUUAAAUCCUAACGUAAAUAAAUCAAUUCUGUGAAGAGAAGAGAUUACCAGAAUUAAAUUUCUACAGUGGCCUCUCUA